AUGGUGGUUUAUGCUCCCAGCAAAGGAACUGAGGAAAGAACCCGUUUAUAUCAAGACUAUAAAGAAGAAUUUUCCGAAUUAAGAAGAGUUUACGGCAUUAGACACUUAACCAGCAAAAAAGAAGAACGACAAAACAAUCCCGAAAUAGAACUAAACGAAGCCCAAUUUAUCGCCUUAGAACGAGAUAAAAAAAGAGAACGGGAGAAAUCUAUUAAAGAAUUUGAAAGGUUUUGUCAAGGACAACAUAUUCUAACUUAUGGCACUAGUUUUGAACAGAGAGCAGAAAAAGUUUUAGAGGUCAAAGAGAUAGAAGAAAUGAAAGAGGAACCAAACAUAAAAGAAACUCCCGAGCAAUUACAAGUAAUAGCCAAGAAAUAA